UGGAGGCGCCUGCGCAAAUGGUGCAGUCCCGCCCGCCCGACCCUGUGAUGCGCCUGCGCUGCCCGAGCGGUCCUGGGAUAGCGAUGGAGACUCCGGGCGCAUCCGCCCCGGCCCGGUUGCUCCCUGCCGGGUCUGGGCCCCGUAGGAAGCGCGCGACUGGGGGGGCUGGGGCUACAACGAGCAAGCAACGGGUCCUAGAUGAGGAAGAGUAUAUCGAGGGCCUCCAGACAGUCAUCCAGAGGCAUUUCUUUCCUGAUGUGGAGAAGCUGCAGGCCCAGAAGGAGUACCUGGAGGCCGAGGAGAAUGGAGACUUGGAACGGAUGCGCCAGAUUGCCAUCAAGUUUGGUUCUGCCCUGGGCAAGAUGUCCCGAGAGCCCCCGCCACCCUAUGUGACUCCAGCCACAUUUGAAACCCCUGAGGUGCACACAGGCACUGGAGUGGUGGGCAGCAAGCCCAGGCCCCGAGGCCGAGGCUUGGAGGAUGGAGAGGCUGGCGAGGAGGAGGAGAAGGAGCUGCUGCCGAGCCUGGACGUUUUCCUGAGCCGCUGCACAAGCGAGGACAAUGCCUCCUUCCAGGAGAUCAUGGAGGUGGCCAAGGAGAAGAGCCGGCGCCACGCCUGGCUCUACCAGGCUGAGGAGGAGUCUGAGAAGUUGCAGAGGGAGAAAGAUAACCUCGAGCUCCCAUCGGCAGAGCAUCAAGCUGUCGAGAGCAGCCAGGCAGGCGUGGAGACGUGGAAGUACAAGGCCAAGAACUCCCUCAUGUACUACCCCGAGGGUGUCCCUGAGGAAGAGCAGCUGUUUAAGAAGCCCCGGCAGGUGGUGCACAAGAACACACGCUUCCUUCGGGACCCCUUCAGCCAGGCUCUGAGCAGGUGCCAGCUCCAGCAGGCGGCUGCCCUCAAUGCCCAAGGCAAGGUGGGCCCCUACGGGAAGGAGCUCAUCCCUCAGGAGUCCCCCCGAGUGGGCGGAUUUGGAUUUGUUUCCACCCCUUCUGCUGCCCUUGGUGAGAAACGUGCUCCUGGCAAGCGGGCCACUGCUGGGACUGCCUGGGGGGAGGUGUGAACGAGUCCCUGCUGAUGACCUGAGGGGAGGUUGAGAACACACCCUUGUGAGUGGAAGGAUCAGAAACCCCCUACGUGGACAGGACACCAGGCCCAGCCUUCAAGGUCAGUUGUGGUGAGGAGGGGCAGGGUGGAACUCUGUGGAUGCCCACUGGACCCUGAGUGCCUGUGGCUCGGGACUGA